AGAAAUGGAAAAUACCGAUCAAAACUCGCGCAACAAGCCGGCGGCGGCAGUUACACCACCUCUACCGAGGGAUCCACGUGGAUCGCUGGAAGUUUUCAAUCCCUCAACCUAUUCCGCCGCCGCUCCCCGGACACCGCCGAAUCCCGUUUUCCGGCCACCGCCCACGUGGCAGAGCUGGUCUAGUAAUCCCGACCCGGAACCCGAAAGAAACCUCUCCUCCAAAUCCGGGAGGACAACUGCUGAGGGUAUCAAAUCAUGGAUGGCGCUCAAGGAGCAAACGCCGCCGGCGGCGGCGGCGGCGGCGGAGGCAUCGCCGUCAUCACUUGCUCCCCAUCCUCCUCCGCAGCUGGGUUCCAAGACUAUAGCUGAGAUAUUCAGCGAUCGUGAAGUCCAGAAGUCUCCGGCGAAGGGAGAAGUCGUCGGCGCCGCCGCACAGAGGGCCGCGGAGUGGGGCCUGGUUCUGAAGACCGACGAGGAGACCGGCAAACCGCAGGGGGUGAAGGUGAGGACUUCCGGCGAAGACAACAACAAGCCGGGGAACUCGAGGAGGGACUCCGGCAACUCUAUGAGGAGCUCCGGCGACAUGUCCGACGACGGCGGCGCCGGAGUAGGGAGGGAGAGGGGGUUUCCGAGGGUGUCGGAGGAUCUGAAAGAUGCCCUGUCGACGUUCCAGCAAACGUUCGUCGUAUCGGAUGCGAGCAAACCUGAUUUUCCGAUCAUGUACGCCAGCGCCGGUUUCUUCAACAUGACCGGCUACACUUCUAAGGAGGUCAUCGGCAGAAAUUGCCGGUUCUUGCAGGGGAAGGACACCGACCCGGAGGACGUGGCGAAGAUCAGGGAGUCAUUAGAAGGGGGGUCCACUUAUUGUGGGCGGUUGCUCAAUUACAAGAAAGAUGGAACCCCUUUUUGGAAUUUGCUAACUAUUGCACCAAUCAAGGAUGAAACUGGAAAAGUCCUCAAAUAUAUUGGAAUGCAAGUGGAGGUAAGUAAACAUACAGAAGGAAUCAAAGAGAAAGCGACCCGACCCAAUGGCCUACCCGAGUCGUUGAUCCGUUACGAUGCACGUCAGAAGGAGAAGGCGUCAAGUGCAGUAACGGAGCUGUUAGAGGCAGUGAAGAAACCCCGAACAAGGGCACUCAGCGAAGGAGAAGUUCAGUAUUUUAUUGGAGUGCAAUUAGAUGGAAGUCAACAUGUUGAGCCGCUCCAUAACUGUAUCCCCGAGGCAACAGCAACAGAAAGUGCAAAACUGGUGAAAGAAACAGCUGCAAAUAUUGACGACGCUGUCAGAGAGCUUCCGGAUGCCAAUGCGAAACCAGAGGACUUGUGGAAAAAUCAUUCAAAGGUUGUUCGCCCAAAGCCUCAUAGAAGAAAUAGCCCUUCCUGGAAUGCUAUUCAAGAGGUUAUAGAUAAAGGGGAAGAGAUUAGCUUGAAACAUUUUAAGCCAAUAAAACCAUUAGGGUCUGGUGAUACUGGAAGUGUCCAUUUAGUAGAACUAUGUGGAACGGGGCAAUAUUUCGCCAUGAAAGCAAUGGACAAGGGUAUAAUGCUUAAUCGAAACAAGGUUCACAGAGCUUGUGCAGAAAGAGAAAUCCUAGACAUGUUAGAUCACCCUUUUCUUCCGGCUCUUUAUGCUUCAUUUCAGACCAAAACUCAUGUUUGUUUGAUAACUGAUUACUGCCCUGGUGGAGAGCUCUUUCUUCUUCUCGAUAGGCAGCCAACUAAAGUUCUCAAGGAAGAUGCCGUAAGAUUCUAUGCUGCUGAAGUAGUUGUGGCACUGGAGUAUCUGCACUGUCAAGGUAUAAUAUACAGGGAUCUAAAGCCGGAAAAUGUUCUGCUUCAAGACAAUGGACAUGUUGCUUUGACGGACUUUGAUUUGUCCUGUUUGACAUCUUGCAAACCACAGCUUUUGAUACCAGAGAUAAGUGAAAAGAGAAGGCAUAAAGGUCAAAAAGGUCAACCUGCUCCAAUCUUUAUGGCGGAACCAAUGAGAGCAUCAAACUCUUUUGUUGGUACUGAAGAAUAUAUAGCUCCGGAAAUCAUUACUGGGGCAGGCCAUACUAGUGCGGUGGAUUGGUGGGCUCUUGGAAUUCUCUUGUAUGAGAUGCUUUACGGAUAUACACCAUUCAGGGGGAAAACGAGGCAGAAGACCUUUGCAAACAUUCUACACAAGGAUUUAAAGUUUCCAAGAAGUAAAGAGUUGAUGUAUCGAUUGCUGCACAGAGAUCCCAAAAACAGACUAGGAUCACGAGAAGGUGCUAACGAAGUUAAGCAGCAUCCCUUCUUCCGUGGUAUAAAUUGGGCUCUUGUUCGUUGCAUGAGCCCUCCCACGCUCGACGCUCCCAUUCUCGAGGAGAAAGAAACCACUGUAGAUCCUGGACUAGAUGAUUUGCAAACGAAUGUGUUCUGAAAGGUGCACAGUGACGAUGAAGUUGUGCGACAAUGGCGUUUUAGCUGCUGAUUUGUUCUGGCGUUCUUCGUUCCUUUUGCGUGCUGUUAGAGUUGAAAUCCGGUAACUUGUGCUCUUGUUUUUGUAUUUCAAGGUUGUGGUGAGUUAGUCUGUUGUUAUUUGUUGUUGACUGGUUGUUAAGACAUCUUUUUUUUUUCUUUUCCCUGAAGGCAUUCUCCAUUCUUUCUUACAGUGCUGUAGUUUAAAUUUGUGUGAUCCAGGUUGUUUUGUAAUACAUCAAUAGUGUGUUUGUUUUAUUUCUGAAACAUGCUUCAAUUUUUUUUCUUUA